UUUGUAAGUUAAUCUUUGCAUCACUAGGCGUUUACCACAUGUAACUAUGUAAUCAAUACAGGUGGGAAUUAGUGUAGUUUUCAGUGGGCGGUCACGCGAACCACGCAUGUAGACAUUCUGAGUUUCUACAAGCAGAGAUCUUAGCAUCAAAACGGCACAAAGAUGGUAGCCCAUUCUAGAAUUCUUCUCUCUAAGUGUUCCGAGUUCCGUAGACAAGGCGAAUUUAUCGACAUACGUUUGAAAGUGGGUGAUGAACUUUUCCCAGCUCACCGAGUUGUUCUCGCUUCGUACAGCGAUUAUUUCCUCUCCAUAUUUACUGAUGGGAAGGAUGCAAACCAGGAAGUGAUCGAACUGAAAGAUAAAAGCAUUCCACCGAAGAUAUUCAAGAUCGUCAUAGACUCCAUGUACACUGGUGAUCUUUACGUCACCCAGAAGAGCGUAUUUGAGGUUCUUCUCACGGCUAGUCAACUUCAGGUCGCAAGUGUAGUUCAACUGUGUUGUGAUUUCGUAAAGAAAGAAUUAAUUGAUAGUGGGCUCAAGGAUCUGAAAACUUACUCCGUGCUGUGUACAUUCGCCGAAAGACUCGGUCUGAGAGAUCUACAAGAGGCAGCUGAGGCCAAGGUGGCAUCCAUGUACAAAGAUCUUUGCGAAAGUAAAGAAUUCCUGACUCAUAUCAAUGCAGAUCAGCUACUCAGCCUUCUCGGACGAGAUGACCUCAAUUCACCCUCUGAAGCUUUCGUUUUCAAAUCAGUGAUGAAGUGGAUCAAAUACAAAGGCGAAGAGAGGAUGGCAGUUGCUGGAAAAGUUAUCGGUGCUGUUCGCUUGGGGCUGGUAGACGUGAAGAUUGUGAUAAAAGAGUUGAAAACCGAAGAAAUGCAGCGAGUUCCCGAAGUAAACAUGCAUCUGCAAGAAUCCAUGAUGCAUCAUAUCAUGCCUUCUCAUGAGUUUGCCGCUGAGAAAGUUAAACCUCGAUCAAUGAGUCCGGUACUCGUUGCCAUUCACCCUACGAGCCUUUUACCGCGUCGCUAUUUAGGUGAAGGUGAAGACGUCCUUGCAAUUGCGACUUUUUUGUCUUUGUCACCACCAUUGCAGUGUAUGGCUAAUUACUUUGAUGUCGAAGCGAAGCUAUGGAAACCUCUGCCAUCUGUAGCACCAUUAGGUGAGAAAACUACCUCUUGCUUUUGUGCUGAACGCAGUGGAAACUACUUAUUUGUAGCUGGACAAAAGCAGGAAAAUGUUGUUGUAAAAGGCUCCUUAUUAGCUAAACAAAAGCAGGAAAAUGAUAAUUUUAUACAUCGAUAUGAUGUGGUAAAUAACUCAUGGGUUAAACUACCAAAUUAUGGAAAAAACCACAAAAUUGACAGCUUGUGUUCUCUCGGUGACUAUAUUUACGCUAUUAGUGAAUCAAAUCCCCCUCAAAGGUACAGUUUGACUGAUAACAGUUGGCAAGGGGGAGAGGGGUUGAAUUUCAUUAAACCGUUUGGUAGUGGAGGGUCACAAAGGAGGGAAGAGUUAAUUACUGUUUCAGCGGCAGUAAUGAGCUCUAGAAUAUAUGUAAUUCAUGGUUAUAGAACACGUGAAAACAAUCACCAAUAUCUCGGGGCUUGGGUCGAUAAACCAGCUGUGGUACACUGUUUUGACGCAAAUUACAACGUGUGGACAAACAUAGCGUCAACCUGCUUUCCUCAUUUUGGAUCCAGUCUUUUUGUUGUCAAUGACAGACUUUGUGUGGCGGGGGGAAAUAUUUGUAAUGGUUAUGGUGACCCUGCACCGGUGGAAGUGUACCAUGAAGGUACUAACACCUGGUCCGUAUUGCCUCAGAAACGUAUUCCCCCAAACGACUUGGGCGCAGUGGAAAUAGAGGGGAGGGUGUAUUUCAUAAUCCACAAAUUUCCUGUCGACAGUGGGAUAAGAAUUCUACCUGAGGAAAUGUUUCAAGUUGACUUAGGUGAUUGGGGAGAUCUAGGUAAAGUCCACUCAGGAUCAGUUUUGUGUUAUAUGCCUGUGAAGAGGGAAAACUUGAAAUCAACCUAGCAGGCGAAAAAAUUUCAGAUCAAAAUAAAUCAUACUAGUACUAAAUUUGAGUUUCUCUAUGGUAUAUAAGACACAGAAAUGAAACUGAUUGGCCUGGUGACUCAAUUUUAAGACAAUUAGUGG